AUGAGCAUCGUGACUCCUACAACUGAUGGUGAUGGGAUGAGCAUCGUGACUCCUACAACUGAUGAUGAUGGGGUGAGCAUCGUGACUCCUACAACUGAUGGUGAUGGGAUGAGCAUCGUGACUCCUACAACUGAUGGUGAUGGGAUGAGCAUCGUGACUCCUACAACUGAUGGUGAUGGGAUGAGCAUCGUGACUCCUACAACUGAUGGUGAUGGGAUGAGCAUCGUGACUCCUACAACUGAUGGUGAUGGGAUGAGCAUCGUGACUCCUACAACUGAUGGUGAUGGGAUGAGCAUCGUGACUCCUACAACAACUGAUGGUGAUGGGAUGAGCAUCGUGACUCCUACAACUGAUGAUGAUGGGAUGGUGAUGAUGCAUCGUGACUCCUACAACUGA